CAUGGCGGCGCCCGUUAGCAGGUACAGCUGGUUCGCUUCCGUUUCUAGAAAACUGGGAAGUUAUCUAUUUAACUCAGUUUUCAUCACCCAGGCGGCGGCGUACGCAAACAACAUGGACUCUGUGGGACCAACCAAGCUGGAGUUCGCGGUGCAGAUGACAUGUGAGAACUGCGCAGUUAAAGUCAGAGCUGCUCUGGAGGGUCAACCAGGAGUACAGUCUGUCAGUGUCGAUGUAGGUAAGGAGGAGGUGUUGGUGGAGUCGACUCUGACCACUGCAGAGGUGCAGGCUCUGAUAGAGAGCACCGGACGCAGAGCUGUGCUGAAAGGCAUCGGAGGAUCAGAGCAAGACCUGGGUUCAGCAGUGGCCAUGCUGGCUAGUGAAGGAAAGAUUCAAGGGGUGGUGCGUUUCCUGCAGCUGUCUGAGGAGCAGUGCUUGAUUGAUGGGACAAUUGACGGGUUGGAGCCCGGACUCCACGGCCUUCAUGUCCACGCUCUGGGGGACCUCACACGAGACUGCCUCAGCUGUGGAGAGCACUAUAACCCCUUUGGAAGACAACACGGUGGUCCUGGAGACUCUGAACGGCAUGUAGGUGAUCUGGGGAAUAUCAUGGCUGGACCAGAUGGCAGAGCGUCUUUUCGACAAGAGGACGGUCAGCUAAAGGUAUGGGAUGUGAUUGGCCGAUCGCUGGUGGUGGAUGCAGGCGAAGACGACCUGGGUCGAGGCAGUCACCCUCUCUCCAAACUUACUGGGAACUCUGGGGAGAGACUGGCUUGUGGGAUCAUCGCCCGAUCAGCAGGUCUUUUCCAGAACCCCAAACAAAUUUGUGCCUGUGAUGGGGUCACGCUGUGGGAGGAAAGAGACAGGCCGAUAGCGGGGAAAGGUCGGAGCAAGGCCAGCACAGAGACACCGGCAGCGCACCUCUGACACUGCCAGCCAAAUCUGUAACCUGCGUAACCUGUGUUGGACAGUUUGAACGAAAGGGGCACAUUUACGAGAAACGCAGAGGACCUUUGUUGACAGAAGGUCAGAGCUGAAGCGAGGUAGACAGAGCACUGAGGAGUAUGUUUCCAGACAGCUGGACAGACGACCAAAGAAAAAUGGCCUUAUUUUCUUGUUGUUUUUUCUCUCUGUGAUAAAAUCAAACCCUCUUGCAGCUGCGGUUGCUGUCCUCUGAGGAUUUUAAAAGCACUAAAGCAGAUUAAAACCGGCUGGGACUUUGUGAAAGUCACCUUUGAUUAGCUAGAUGUCUGUUAAUACUGUUAUAUGUUUGUUUAACCAGCCGCCUCUGACACAACUGUCUCAUCACAGUCUAAACUGAUGCACUGACUGAGAUAAAUGCGCUUCAGUUUGGUAUUAAAGUGUCCAAGUUAAUUAUGCAAGCUUUCAGAAAUCAGUUAUAGUAAUAAUGGGGGUAAAUGAUGAAAAUAUCUAUUUACAUUUUUGAGUUUAGGAGGAAAAUCAACACACAAAUAGGAUUACAAAAUGGUGUGAUGCUUAUAUUAAAGUAUAUUUACUGUCUAAAAGCCCACCAGCUGCAGUCAACCAACUAGACAGAUUACGGCUCAUUGAAAAAUUGAUAGCUAAAAAUAAGGGAUGCAUGGCUGAUACAUGGCUUAACCAGAAACAGCCCCAAACAUGGGGAUUUGCCUUUGGCUUUACAUCACAGUAAGAUCACAGUACAUACAAUGAAUACCACAACAUGCAUAGUACAGACAGCAGUAACAAACAUGGUUCCAGUGCGAAUGGUGGUUACAAAUUUAGCAAAGUCAUUGAAUUUGGUGUGAAAGACUUUUGCAGGUCUCUGCAGCGGCUCUAUAGCCUCUUCCCAAGGGCAUUUCUAUGCAUUCUUUACAUAGGAGAUGAACAGGAUGGGCCACAAUUUGUAGAGCUUUUUGUUUCACCUGUCUUUUUUACAUCUCUGCUCGUAGCCCCAAGGUGCCCAUACCAAGUACACGUUAAAAGUUAAAGGGAAAUUUCGGUUUAUUUCAACCCUUCUCCUAUCGUCCUAAAUUUGUUUCAAGUGA